AUGUCGGCCGAAACGACGGCUCAGCCAGCCACUUAUCCAGUCGAUCCCCGUCCAACAAACACAACAACUAUCACUACACAUUCGCCGUCAGACACGACCGUUACCACCAACAAGCGCUCACAAUCACAAGGACGAACACCAUGGGGAACAGGGCGACGAUACUCCGAAAUCGAUGACCAUAUCUGGAAGUACACCCUCAAUGACGACACAUCCGAGGGUACAGUGGUCGGGUUCGGGAACGUUCGGAUCCCAUCUGAAGAAAAUAUCGCUAAAUUAAGCGAUCGAAAGCUAACUAUACGCUCUAUUACUUGGAAUAUCAAUGAGAAGAAAACCCUCAGUUACCCGGGAAAUCCUUUCUAUAAGCGAGAAAACCCUUCUGAGCCGAUAAUACGAGGAUGGAUUAGGGCUCUUGCUCAUUAA